AUUUAUAUUUAUAAUGAUAUAUAUAAUGUUUUCAGGAUGUUUUUUGCUGAAACGAUAUCCCACCUUGUGGUCAGUAUGUGGAAGUUCAGAUGGAUCCGAAAUUCCGUCCAAACUAUAUAAAACAACAUUAUACUUAUUUCAGUAUUUGUGCUCUGAUUAGAAUGGGAAGAUAGCUGAAUGCUAACAGAUGUACUCAGUGAACUCUACUGUGCCAGAUGCCAGAUGGGCUGUGUUUUUCUCUUGCAGCAUUAUAGGAAGUUCCUUUUGUUGCUACGUUCACUGAGAAUGAGAAUAUUAAUGAGGCUGAAAGGAUCCAGCAGGUUACGUGUAACUGUCUUUCUUCGUGUGUACAAUGGCUAAUAUUUAACAAUUGUAAAAGCAAUGUUCUGUGAAAAAUCUAAUGUCUACAUGCUCAGGGUGUAAACAGUUUUGUAACAUGUCUUAAAAUGCUGAGCCCUAAUGGCAACAUUAUUUUAUGUUGGGUUCAAAGCAAAGAUGUUGCAGUUGUUGCCAUGGCUUCAUUUAAUGAUUUAUGAUACCAGGUUGAUAUAAAGUUCCUGAGGUAGGAAAGGACUCACGGUGCUUUAGCUGGCAUUGAAGAAGAAGCUGUUGCAGUUGUGUACAUAGAUAGGGAACCACAUGGAUUUUGUCUACAGCUUUGGUGUGCAGGUUAUACAGUACCUGCAGAACAACUGCUGGCAAUAUCAUGACUUCAUUGAUUUUGUGUCAGUAGUGGGUGACCCUCGUAAUAUUUUCUCUGUUUAUUUCCCUCUCUGGUUCCAUCUCAGUCACAAUGUUGGCACCAAGAUGAUUUGGGUGGCUGUCAUUGGAGACUGGUUCAACCUUAUUUUGAAAUGGAUUUUAUUUGGGCACCGACCAUACUGGUGGGUGCAAGAAACACCCUUCUACCACAAUGAUUCAAAACCACAUUUGGACCAGUUUCAUAUAACUUGUGAAACAGGGCCAGGCAGUCCAUCUGGUCACGCCAUGGGCUCAUCAUGCGUGUGGUAUGUGAUGAUCACUUCUGCUUUAAAUUUUGCUCGGCCUUCCCGCGCCUCAUCUGUACACAGCUUUCAAAGGUUUUGUCUUCUGAGGUCCUUUUUGUGGAUGACUUUCUGGGUCAUUCAGAUAAGUGUUUGCAUCUCCAGGAUUUUUAUUGCAACACACUUUCCACAUCAAGUUAUCCUCGGUGUUUUCACUGGCAUGCUGAUUGCUGAGGCCUUUGAUCACAUCCCCUCAGUCUACAAUGCAAGCUUGAAAGUUUACCUCCAAACCAACAUUUUUCUUUUCUCUUUCGCUGUUUGCUUUUAUCUGCUCUUUAAACUGUUGGAUAUCGAUCCCAUGUGGUCAGUCAGCAAAGCCAAGAAGUGGUGCGCUAACCCAGACUGGAUCCAUCUCGACACAACGCCUUUUGCCGGUCUGGUUAGAAACCUGGGAGCCUUGUUUGGGCUGGGCCUGGCAGUGAACUCUGAGAUGUUCGUUCAGAGCUGCAAAGGGAAGAACGGCUGCAAAAGUAUGUUUAAACUCAUGUGCGUGACUGCAACGCUCACAUUUCUGCAACUGUACAACUUUAUUAAAAUGCCCACUCACAAUGAGGCUCUGUUUUAUAUACUGUCGUUCUGUAAAAGUGCUUCAAUACCUCUCGGUGUGGUUGCUGUUAUUCCUUACUGUGUUAAUUUGCUCAUCAGAGAGCAUGAAGAGAGGAAGCUAGCUUAGACUGGGGCGCAGCUUUCAAGUUUUACAAUAUUACCCCCAACACUUAUUGAUCAAGGAUAUCAGCAAGGUUGAAUGGUAGUGUUGGCAAACAAGUGUAAAUCUGUAUGUGUAUUAUGGAGGUAAUCACACGAGACUGAAACAGUGUAUGUUUAAAAAAGUUGCAUUUGUGGGUUUGAAUAACAUAUUUUGAAAUUUUCAUUUGCUUGAUCUGUUGCUUACCUGAGUCCAUUCUAUGGUGUUUGUUUUAUAUGUAAAUCACAAUAACUGUAAAGACUGUUCAAUAUCUUAUUAAAGAGUUUCUU